AUGAUUGAAGAAGUGAAGGUGGCGAUCUAUAAGGAAGAAUGCAAGGAAUAUGAAGAGGAGUCUCCAUUUUACAAUGUGGUGUAUUCCAUUUUGCUUGCAAGAUGGACCAAGAGCUCCAGACUUCUUCAUUGCAUGGCACACUCAUUGAACCCAAGAUAUUAUAGUAUAGAAUAUCUUAAUGGAGCUCCUAAUCGUAUUCCUCCACAUCAAAAUAGUGAGAUUGCAAAAGAGAGAAAAGAAUGUCUCAAGAAGUACUUUGCUAAUGAAGAUGAGAGGAGGAUGGUUAAUGAGGAGUUUGCCUCUUUUUCAGCAUGUUUGGAUGAGUUUGCAAGUAGUGAUUUCAUGAAUGAUAGAGGUAAGAUGGACCCUAUAAAAUGGUGGACUGUUCAUGGUUCUACCACACCAAAUAUUCAAAAGCUAGCCUUAAAAUUACUAGGGCAACCUUGCUCCUCUUCAUGUUGUGAGAGGAAUUGGAGCACCUACAAGUUUAUACACUCAUUGAGAAGGAAUAGGAUUACACCUCAAAGAGCCGAAGACUUGGUUUUUGUUCAUAACAAUCUUAGGCUCCUUUCAAGAAGAACUCUACAAUAUAAAAAUGGGGAUAUGUGGGAUAUUGGAGGAGAUGAUUAUGAUACAAUUGUUAAUGUGAAUGGUGGUAUGAUUGAGAUUGCAAACCUCUCCCUUGAUGAACCGGACUUUGAGGGUGUAAUAUUUGACAAUGAGGAUGAAGAUGAUUGA